UUUGUCUUCUUGUUGCUUCAGGACUGGAGCCGUCUAGGCUGACUGGAAAGGACUCCAAAAGUGCCAAGUGACUAGAUGGGCUCCAAGGUGACGGACAGCUAGGGAACCGAGAGUGGCCUGUGAAUAGGAAUGCCUGCCCAAAUACCGAGACCAGAGAUAAUGGAUGAAGAUCAGUUAAUGAAAGAAGUCUUGGAUAAGUUUAUUAACUGUCCUGAGCAAACAUAUGAAGAAUUUCUGAGCACUUUUACUCAUCUUCCAAAAGAGAAUAAUGUGGCCAGAAGGGGAGCAUGUGGAACUGAUUUGUCAGAAAAUAUAUUUACCACUAAAAAAUUGACCCAUAAAAAGGAAUCACAUGAUCAUCAUUUUAGAAAUAGAGCUGUCGUUCCUCAUACUUCAUCAGAAUGCUCGGAAGAUGACCAGAUAGUGAUUGAUGAAGGCCAGCAAGUUGGCAGCUCCCUUCAAGGUGACAUGACCCAGGCUGGAAAGGUCAAGGUAGACAACUUCCUGGACUUAGAAGAUUUGGACAUGGAGGAAGAGAGUGAGCCCCAGAUGAACACGGAUCGGCUGCUACUUCCAGGAGAAGUCGAACAGGAUAUAAGCGCCAGUGUUCCUGCUUAUGUUCCUUCUGUGAACCUGCCUCUCACUUCUGAAGUGAAGCCAAAACCCACUGAGCGAAGAACUCUGAAGCAAAUGGAAGAGAUAUUUGGAGAUGAAGUACAGCCCUUCUUUCUCGAUGAAGAAUUUGAUUAUGACAAUGUGACUCUCACUCCCAAGUUCACUGCUGGAGAGAUAGCGACCAUCCAAGAGCUGGCCAAGAAAAGGAAGAUGGAUUCCAAUACAGACUUUUGUGAACACCAUGACUGAGUCAAUAGAUGUCUUUGUGUUUAGUUUUAUUUUGUCUAUACGCAACCAACAUUAGAAUAAAGCAUACAUCAGCUGAUUCCCUCCGUGGAAAUGUAUACAUCUGCAUUUUUUUGUCUCUGUUGUUUAUCACCAGGCCACAGAGGGACCAAGGCUGAAGGUAUCACUUCCGUUUCUGAAGUCUCGUCUGUCCGUGGCUGGGUUCUGUGACUGGCUGGGAAGGUGGGACAGGGAAAUGGGGACAGGAACUAAGGACUGCUGAAUCUCCAUUUAAUGAGGGCACUGUCCAAGGGCACGUGCGUGUUGUCCUGAAGACUGGGAACAGAACCCAUCUUAUUAGAGUUUCAGGACAAUUGCCUGUUUCAAACAUUAGUAUAAUUAAUAG